AUGUCGGGCCUUGGAGGUGCAGUUCCUGUGUCACCAGCAGAUCGCGAAGUGGUAGUAGCCGGGCCCCGCUUUAAAUACCACCUUCGGGGCGGUGUAAGUCUUGCUCCAUGGGUACCAGUUGUGGGUCUGGAAAUUCAUGCACAGAUCAGUUCCAACUCAAAACUUUUCUCUGGUUCCCAAGUCCAGUUUGCAGCACCUCCUAACUCUUUGGUAUCUUUCUUUGAUGCUUCUUUACCAGGAACUUUACCAGUUCUCAACAGGAGAUGUGUAGAAGCAGCAGUGAUGACAGGCCUGGCACUCAACUGCAGCAUAAACAAGAAGUCCUUGUUUGACAGAAAGCACUAUUUCUAUGCAGAUCUGCCUGCUGGCUAUCAGAUCACUCAGCAAAGAGUUCCUAUUGCAGUGAAUGGAAGUCUGUCAUACAGUCUCUGCAUAGACAACAAAAUGAGCCAGAUGGUGACCAAAACUGUGAGGAUUAAACAAAUUCAGUUGGAGCAAGACAGUGGAAAGAGUCUCCAUGAUGACACAAGGAGCCAGACUCUCGUUGACUUGAAUAGGGCUGGAGUCGGCCUCAUGGAGGUUGUCAUGGAGCCUGAUAUGUGCUGUGGGGAAGAAGCAGCUGCAGCAGUCAGAGAGCUUCAGCUCAUUCUUCAAACACUUGGGAGUAGCCAGGCAGUCAUGGCAGAGGGUCAGCUGAGAGUGGAUGCCAAUGUUUCUGUGCAUCACCCUGGAGAGCCUUAUGGAGUGAGGACGGAAGUGAAGAAUAUCAAUAGCAUACGAUUCCUGGCAAAAGCAGUAGACUAUGAAAUACAGAGGCAAAUUGAAGAACUUGAAAAUGGAGGAACAAUUCUGAAUGAAACAAGAGCCUUUGAUUCCAAGCUUGGGUGCACUGUACCAAUGAGGGACAAAGAAGGAAAACAGGAUUAUCGGUUCAUGCCAGAACCAAACCUUCCUCCAUUAAUUCUGUACGAUGCAAAGUCUUUGCCAGCUAAUAUAAACCAUCAGCAAGUGGUAAAUAUUGAUUGGAUUCAUGAGAGACUUCCUGACCUCCCCAGUGUGAAGAGAGCAAAGCUUGUUGAACAGUAUGGGAUUCUUCCUGAACACAGCUUCACCUUAUUGAAUGAAGACGGAUUAACAGAAUUCUUUGAAAAUGUGGUAAAACAGACCCAGAUGAAGCCAAAGAAAGUGAUCGGCUGGAUUCUAAAUGACCUGCUCAGUUAUUUGAAGCAACAUUCCCUUACAGUAAAGGAAAGCCCAGUCGGUUCUUGUCUCCUGGCUGACCUUCUGAACCUUCUAGAAAAAAAAGAAAUUUCUUCAACAGCAGCAAAACAGGUGCUUGCGGAAUUGUGGAAAGGAGAAGGGAAGACUCCUCUUGAAAUUGUUAAAGAAAAGAAACUUGAACUGAUACAAGAUCAAAAAGAGCUUGAACAGAUCUGCCAGGCGGUGAUUGAUGGACAAGUAAAAGAGGUUAUGGCAAUAAAAGCAGGAAAUCGAAAAGUUCUAAAUAAGUUAAUUGGCCUGGUACAAAGAGAAACACAAGGACGAUCCAACCCUGUUCUGGUGAAGCAAUUAUUAGAGAAGAAGCUGUCAGAGUAG